CGUGGAAGUUGGCGCAGCAGCAGCAGCUGGACGAGGAGCCCACGGACUCGCAGGACUCGCAGGACGAGGAAGCGGCUGCGGCCACGGCCGGCGGCCCCGACUACGACUACCUGCUCGGCAUGAACAUGUGGAUGCUGACCAAGGAGAAGAAGGACGAGCUGCUGAAGAAACGCGACGAGAAGCUGCAGGAGCUCAAAACGCUGAAGGCGAAGCAGCCAGCCGACCUGUGGCGCGAGGACCUGGAUCACCUGAUGGCCGAGCUGGACGCCCAGGAGCAGCGCGAGCGAGAUGACGAGGACGCCGGCUCCAAGAAGGCCAAGGCCAAGGGCAAGGUGACGGGCGGCUCCCGCAAGACGACCGUGGUGGAGUACAUGCCGUCGCCAUCGGCGCGGCGCGUGGCGCCCACCAUCACCGCCGACGUCAAGAAGCGGCUGGAGGUGGCGCAGACCAAGAAGGAAGGCGGCGGGCGCGGACGGAAGAGGAAGUCCGACGAGACGGGGGCCGAAGACGGAGCAGCUAAAAAGCCCAGGAAGGAGCCCAAAGAGCCGAAAGCCAAAGACGGCCCGAAGCAGACCAAGCCGCGCCCGAAGACGUCGCCCAAGAAGAAGGGCAAGAACGCCUGGGAGACGGACUCGGAUGAGCCGGACGACGCGGGCAGCGACGGCUCGGAGAUGGCGGCGCCCGUGCAGGCGCGCGCCCGGGAGGGCGGCCGCCGCGCCGCAGCGGCCAAGGCGCGCUACCGCUUCGACAACAGUGACGAGAACGAGUCGGACUCGUCGGACGGCGAGGCCGAGCUGUUCGACAACGAGGCGAUACGCGAGGCUGAGCACCUGCCGACGGUCGACUCGGACCUCGACACGUCCGCCGUCCGACCUGCCAAGCCAGCCAGUAAGCCCAAACCGAAGCCGGCGGCGACCAUCAGCGAUACGGACUCGGAGUUCGAGGCGUCGCCGAAAAAGGCCGCGCCGGCGGCACGUCACGAUAAUGAGUCCGCCUCGGACAUGUUCGACUCGAUGAUGUCCGGUAACGGCGAGCGACACGACUCGGACUCCGGCUCGGCCGAGUCGCACAGCGCCGCCGCCAAAGCCAAGCCGAAACCAAAGCCCAGUGCCGCUGCUCAGAAGCCCACUGCCGAAGCCAAUAAGCCCGCGGCGGCGAAAAAGCCCGCCGCCGAAGCCAAGAAGCCCGCAGCGGCCAAGAAGCCCGCCGCCAAGAAGGCACCGACGCAGCGGAGGAAGAACGCGUCUGACUCGGACUCGGACGACGAGUUCGCCCCGACGAAGACGAAGGGCCGCGGAACGAAGAAGGCGGCUACCUCGCCCGGCUCCGACUCGGACGACUCCGUCGGCUACGUGCCGCUGGCCAAGCGUGCCGCCGGCCGCGCGCGCACCGCCAACUACAAGGUGGACCUCUCCAGCGACGAGGAGUGAGCCGGCCGACGGCCGGGGCGGGCGCCGCCCGCCGCACCGCAAAGGAAGCGGACCCUGACGGCUCAGCCGCGGAGGGGGAGGAGGGGCGGGGACGCCGUCUGCCGGACUGUGGAGCGUGGAGGACGCUGUCCGGCGGACUGAGAGAGGUGGGGACGCUGGAAGGACGCCCGUCCAUGCGGCGCGGCGUGGGCGUAGUUUCUGCACGCCGACUGACAUUGUACAAAUGGUGACGUGAGCUGUGUCUGUGACGCGUGCGCACGCGUGUCGGCGACGGCCGCCGGGCCGGGCCGCGACGCGGUGCGAGACUGAGUGUUGUCUUCGCUGGCUGUACCGACCUGUGUUAGCGUCUGUCUGCGCGAGCGUUGCGCCAACCAGAUCUUCUCGUAGCGUCGGCGGUCAUCGAUGUGUCGUUCCAAGAUGCGCGGAAAGUUCCGAUGAUCCGAUGAUCGGCCUUUUCACCGACUGAAACAUGCCAACGGCGGGACGCGUCGCGAGCCUGCGGUUGGCUCAUGCGCGCCAUUUCUGUGACCGGGGCCUGUUGGCAGGCACGGCUCCUUA